AUGACGUCUUUUAGCGAUUCCACAAAUUUGCAUACUAGGAACAGCAGCCAAACUUCCUUAGGUUCAUCAUCUGCAGUUCAUCAUCAUCACCACCAUCACCAUUACUAUCAUUAUGGUAACCCUUCUGGUACUUUAAAUAAUGCUAAUAAUAGCAAUUUAAAUAGUAGCAGUAGUGAUAUCAAUAUUAACCGUGUGGAGAACGAUAAUAAUGAUAAUUUGGAUGGUACUACUGAAAAUAUUAUACUGAACUCUUCGAAUGUCAGUAACAACACUAAUAGCAACAACAACAAUAACAACAACAACAAUAAGAAAAAAUCGUUACCGUUUAUGAAAGUUUAUGCUUCAAUGAAAACUUUAUCUUUAAGCCAUUUAACAGCAAAGCAACAUCUAUUAAUGGCAAUAUGUAGGGAUUUCUCCUUGUUGUUACCAAUAAUAUACUUCUGCAAUUCUUUGAAAAAAGCUUGGGAAGUUUCUUCAAAUUCAAAGAAAUCUAUACAUAUAUAUGAUAUUCAAUCAAUAACAGAAAUGUUAUCUCUUUUAUGGCAAACAUAUAUGGUUAACAAUGAUUCCAAUAAUAAAUCAUCAUCUUCCUUUUCAUCUUCAUCUUCCUCAACAACACAUUUAAGCUCCCCAGUUUCAAAUACAUUGAACAGAUUAGGAAAAGAUUUAGGUCGUGAAAACCUAGUAUUGGAUUCUAUCACAAGAGCAAGCUCAUCAGAAUAUAUUUUGUGUGCCUUAUGGUGCCUGGUUUCACUGUACCUGACUUAUUCCAUUUUAGAUUCUUUAAUGGUACGUUGGAUUGUCAAAUACUCAACUGUCGCAGCUAUUCUAAGAAUGUUUUCUAUGUCUAUUUUAUUAGUAACCUUGGAAUUAGUGCUACUAUCUUCGUUUUCACCACAGAGUGAUUAUUACUUACAUACCUGGAUUUUGAUUAGUUGUAUAUUAACCGCUGCCUUUAUUUGGCAGAGCUACCUCUCUUCAAAUUUAAACUAUGUUAGUGAAGACGAUGACGAUGAGGAAGAUGAAUUAAUAUUAAGGAAAUAUGAUGGGAGAGCAUAUCGUGUAAAUAAUAAUAGUGCUGAAAGUACAAUCCGUCCCACAUCUAGUGACUCAGUAAGUACAGAUAACUCAACUAUGACUUCAAGGGAAAGGAAAAGAAGGAAGAAGUCUUUAAAAUCCUUUAAAUUUACUAAGAAAAGAACUAUAGACUUAUACAAUAUAACAGUGUUUUGUGUUGUACCUGUUGGCUUGGCAAGUUUCAUAACUAUGGUAGGAUUGUUAAGAAAUUUAUUCAUUCAGAGGUUAGAUGUAGAACAAAUUACUUUAUUAAUCCAAAAUUCUUACAGAUCAUAA